AAGUCGUUAAAUUUCCGAGCGUAAUAUAAAAGUGUCAUUCGUUUUUUCGCAAACUUCCAUGUGGAAGAGAAUUUGCAACCGGUCAGAACUUUAAUAAAUUUGGUGAAAGAUUGCCCACUUUAAGUGUAAAAGUAAAAGAAAAAUCAAACGUUUCAUAAAAUUUUAGUUGAAUUGGAGCAAAUAGAAAUUCUAUAAAAGAACGCUGACUAAUUAAAAGCGACAAGUCGUGUAGCACGACAAGACGUAGUAAAACGAAAGAAAUAAAAGAGAAAAAAAUCAAUCAUUGACGCAGGGAAAAAAUUGAAUGUGUGAAGUUUGAUAUAUUUCAAGAUUUUUUACAUUGCCUAUAGAAGGAGGAAAACUGAUAAACAGAUCACACCAAUCAAUUCCAUAAAUCAAUCAGGCACAGUAAGAAACCUCAAUAUGAAUACUCAAUCUAUUACUUUGCAGUUAAUACAAGUCUUGGAAAGGACUGUAUCACCAGAUAAAGAUGAAUUACUAUCGGCGAAGAAUUUUCUCGAGCAGGCGGCUGAAGGUAAUUUACCCGAAUUCCUUAAAGCUCUGUCGGAUAUAUUGGUUAAUACAACUAACAGCCCGGUGGCCCGUAUGGCUGCUGGCUUGCAAUUGAAGAACCACUUGACCAGUAAAGACGAAGCAGUCACAUUGCAAUAUCAACAAAGAUGGCAUAGUUUUCCCGAAAACAUACGCGAAUAUAUUAAGAAGAAUAUUUUAGCAGCUUUAGGCACAGAAAACACUCGGCCUUCGUGUGCUGCUCAAUGCGUGGCUUAUGUGGCAGUAACAGAGUUGCCUAAUAAUGGGUGGGGUAUAUUAAUACAAACACUGGUGAGCAAAGUAGUCUCCGAGAGCUCCAAUGAAAUGGAUCGCGAGGCAGCCUUAGAAGCUAUUGGUUACAUUUGUCAGGACAUAACAAAUGGGGUAUUGGAAGAUCAAUCUAAUCAGAUACUUACGGCAAUAAUUCAUGGCAUGCGUAAGCAAGAGCCGAGUAACCAUGUGCGUUUGGCUGCUACCACUGCUCUUCUAAAUUCUCUGGAAUUCACCCGUGCUAAUUUUGAAAAAGACGUGGAGCGAAACUAUAUAAUGGAGGUCGUAUGUGAAGCCACUCAGUCCAGUGAUAGCCAAGUUUGCGUAGCUGCUCUUCAGUGUUUGGUUAAGAUUAUGUCUCUUUACUACCAAUAUAUGGAACCGUAUAUGGCGCAGGCUUUAUUCCCAAUCACGCUGGAAGCUAUGAAAUCGGACAAUGACCAAAUCGCUUUGCAAGGCAUUGAAUUUUGGUCGAACGUUAGCGAUGAAGAAAUUGAUUUAGCUAUUGAAAAUCAAGAAGCCAUUGACGCUGGACGUGCUCCAACACGUGUUUCGAAACAUUAUGCUCGUGGUGCUCUACAAUUUUUGACACCGGUGUUAAUAGAAAAACUAACUAAGCAGGACGAGUGUGAUGACGAGGAUACCUGGAGUCCCUCGAAGGCGGCAUCUGUUUGCCUUAUGCUAUUAGCUACUUGUUGUGAAGACGAAAUUGUUCCACAUGUGUUUCCAUUUAUAAAGGACAACAUUGAGUCGCCCAAUUGGCAUUUCCGUGAUGCUGCAGUUAUGACAUUUGGCUCAAUCUUGGGUGGUGUAGAAACGAGCACUUUAAAAACUUUAGUGGAGCAAGCUAUGUCUACCCUGAUACGUCUAAUGUAUGAUCAAAGUGUGGUGGUACGCGAUACCACAGCUUGGACAUUUGGCCGCAUAUGCGAUAUUAUACCGGAGGCUGCCAUUAAUAAGAACUUUUUGCAACCGUUAUUAGAAUGUUUCAUACAAAGUCUUAAAGCAGAACCUAGAGUGGCUGCCAAUGUUUGCUGGGCAUUCAUUGGCUUAUCGGAUGCUGCUUAUGAUGCCGCCGAAGCUAAUCAGGGUCAAACGCCUGAGACCUACUGCUUAUCACCAUACUUUGAAUAUAUUAUUAAUCAGUUACUAGAAACAACCAGGCGUGAUGACGGCAAUCAAGCAAAUUUGCGGGCUGCUGCCUACGAGGCGUUAAUGGACAUGAUUAAAAAUUCGCCUUUGGACUGUUAUGCAGUAGUCCAGCGCACCACUGUGGAAAUCCUACGUCGUCUUAAUCAAGUGCUGUCGAUGGAGUCUCAUAUCGUCAGCCACAGUGAUCGCCAUCAGUUUAACGAUUUGCAAUCUCUGUUGUGUGCAACGUUGCAGAGCGUUUUGCGGAAAGUACGUGAGGAAGACGCUCCGCAAAUAUCUGAUGCCAUUAUGACUGCUUUGCUUACAAUGUUCAGCUCGAGCUCCGGUAAAUCGGGCGGUGUGCAGGAAGACGCAUUUUUGGCUGUUUCCACUUUGGUAGAAUUAUUAGGCAUGAAAUUUGUCAAGUACAUGGAUGCUUUUAAACCAUUCCUAUACAUGGGCCUUAAAAAUCAUGAAGAAUAUCAAGUUUGCUGUGCGGCAGUGGGUCUUACUGGAGAUAUAAGUCGUGCUUUGAAACAAUUAAUGUUACCGUACUGUGAUGAUAUUAUGGGCUUACUCUUAGGAAAUUUAUCCGAACCCAGUUUACAUCGCAGCGUAAAACCACAAAUUCUGUCAGCAUUCGGUGAUAUGGCUCUUAGUAUCGGAGGUGCAUUUCUUAAAUAUCUAAAUGCUGUAUUGGAAAUGUUGCAUACAGCCUCUCAAGUUGAAGUUGACCCAAGCAAUUUUGAUAUGCUCGAAUAUUUUCAUGAAUUGCGCGAAAGUGUUUUGGAGGCUUAUACUGGCAUUAUUCAAGGUUUAAAAGGUGUCGAACAAAUUCCCAAUCCAGACGUCUACCAUUUGGAGCCUCAUCUCGGCGAAAUUAUUAUGUUCAUCAAACGUAUUGCUCUUACUGGAGAUAAUUCCGAUUCAAUGGUGGCUAGCGCUGCUGGUUUUAUUGGUGACUUGUGCGCAGCUUUCGGUGCACGUGUGUUGCCGCUCGUUGACGAUGUAACCAUUACACAAUUUAUAGCUGAAGGAAAGCGUUCAAAAACAUGUCGCACAAAAUCACUUUGCCAUUGGGCCGCUAAGGAAAUUAAAAAGCUGCGUGAUCAUCAAAUAAUACCACAGUAAAUUCAUGUCUAAUUUUUGUUUCUCUCCAUCGUCUGUAAAUCAUUCAAAUGACAUUCUUCUUCUAAUUUUCUUUUAUCAUUUAUUAAGACAAAAAAAAUAACAAAAUCAAAAUUGCAUUUGGAGAAAGGGCUAAAUAUUCUGUUAUCAUCGUUAGUUAUUUGGAUUAAAGAGAACAAUUCAAAAUUUCAAAAUAAUUCAUGAAGCAAUGCAUAAAUUAUUUGCAGCCAUAAAACUAAUACGAAAUUAAAACUUGUAGCGUAAUUGUUCUGAACAAAAACUUACAUUUGCACAAUUCCGUCUGAUUACUUUUUACAAAUCUUGUAUUAUCUUUUCUCUAUCUAGACCUCCGCUUUACAAUCUAUCAUUGCAAAUAUAUAGUCGAUCAUGUAAUAACGUUAAUUCAAUUCAUAUUUUUUUAUUCAUUUCAUUUUCUUCUAGUUUUGUUAGUGAUCAUUUCGCUUUUUUCUUUUUUUCAUCUAUGUUUCUUACAUACCGUUAUAAAAAAUAGUGCUUUUAAACGAUUUUUAUAGAAGAAAAGCAUUAAAUUUUUCGCAAAAGGUUUUUAAAGUCGAAGAACUAUUUGCAAAAUGCAAAAGAUUAAUGUAAAUUUCAUAAAUCCAAUAAUGAAUCGUUUAAACAUGUCGUUACUUUUAAAGGCCUUCUUGCAAAAAAAAAAAAAAAAAAACAAAAAAACAAAAAAAAAUACAAAAA